AGGAAUCCCAUUUCCGAGACACCGAGAUUUGUUUGCAGCCGGACGAAACGGCAACACGGUGGUUAAAAAUAAACUGGCCGCCUUUGCCGUUUGGUGUUGGUUGGAGGUGCGUAGCACGCAACAAACGCGAGCAUAUUUUCCCCGUGUGGCAUCUGCUGAAUUGGUGUUAGCUUCUAGCCCUUAGCCCUGCCGACAGCCAGUAUACGGUGCGUGUGCAUUUGUUUUGUUGAUUGCAUUUUGCUCUACUGCGGGUUUCCAGUGCGGCAGCUUAAACGGGAAACUAUGACAACCUACUCGACCGACAGUCAAGGAAAAUUCAUUCCGGCUACGCAGCGCCCGGACGGAACAUGGCGCAAACCACGCCGCGUACGCGAUGGUUACGUACCGCAGGAGGAGGUACCACUGUACGAAAGCAAAGGCAAACAGUUUGCUCAGAAACCAACCCUGCCGCCCGGUUUACCGCCGGAGGUGGUACAAAAGGCAAAGGAAAAGCGUGAACGUGAACGGUUACGGCAGGUGCGAGAGGAACAACAAAGGAAGGAGCAGCAGAGCAAAAAACUGCAAAAUACCUUACCACCCGGAGUGUUAGCGGUUGACGGUGCGGUGGGUAACAGUGAAAAACAGAAGGCCAACACGGCCAAAAACAUGAAUGCCGCUUUACGCUGCAAAAAGACACCGGAACUGCCCGACAUACUGUUGGAACAGCGACCGCCAGUCAAAACAAAGCAACCCCACCAGCAGCAGCAACACGCAAAAUCGUCACAACAAAAGCCCGCCACCGCUUCCAACAGUGAUUCCGCCGUAGAGGAACUGGCAAGCGCCUUCGCUUCCGGUGCACAGCUAAAGCAACCAUCGUCAACAACAACCGCUUCGGUUGAAGGAGCCGAAGGACAGCAGUUGGAGGUGGCGAAAAAGCUACGCAAGCUCCGGAAGAAGAUACGCGAAAUAGAAGCAAUCGAAACAAAGCUAAGAUCCACCGAUGGGCCAAAGCUGGACAAGGAUCAGCUGGAGAAGGUGAAGCGGAAACCGGACAUUCUGCAGGAGAUUGAAGAGCUUGAAGUGCAAUAUUCCGCCGGUGCCAUGUGAUGAUAAAAGCGAUAAUAAGACCGAUGGGACCGACUUUAGUCCCGCUUUGCGCAUUAGGAAGCGCGGUAGAGAGUAAUCCCAGAAACUGGUUUGUCAGGAUGGCUGCAUUUAAGUUGUCCGGCGAAGAAGGAACCACAAACCACUCGUUGUGUGCACUUCGGAUCAAAACACAUUCGCAAGUUGGUAGUUGUCGCGGUACUGAAUGGCGCAGAUGUAGGAAGUUUCUUCGCUGUACAAACCCACAUGAAUCGAACCAAGCGUCGUGGAUCGAUACGAUUGGUGGUGAGCCUAAAGAAGAACUUAAUUUACCGCGUAAAAAGAUGCAGUGCUUCAUUCGCCCACACUUGUUUGCCACUGUGUUACGGCGGAAUCAUCAUAACGAAAUUAAUAUUUCCGUUCACAUGUCGAAAACGAGGCUCGAUUAGCUUCCGUACACACACUCACGUUCAGCGGGGGUGUCCUUUUUUCUUGUCAGUGAUUGUACAUCCUCAUAGGCUUAGUUUAACCGUUCGAUCGGAUCGUACGGUCGUACUGCCGGGAUCUUGCUUUUACUUUUUUAUGUAUGUUUAUAAAAGAGUAGCUGCUAACGUUCGCUAUCUGUUCUGCGUAACAUACGGCCUACUAUUACGCUCGUCGAUAGUACAUAUUUUCGAUGCUUUAUUUGAUCUAUCUCCCCAUCGAGCUAAAGCUCCUGUUCCGCCGUGUUUUAGUCGAAUACGGAACAUUUUGUUUCUCUUUUACUUCACAGUCCAACCGUCUCGUGGACUGGUUAGCAUUAACAGCUCCUACGUGUAAGCAGUUUUCGUGUAGCAAGUACGUAGGCUUAAGAUUAAACUAGUGCUAGACGUAAGUUUUAACGUAAAUUGUUAAAUGAUAUAAAAAGAAUGGGCGAGCGAACGAUGAGCCAGAGCAGGUAAACUACACGGUUGAGUUGGAACACGAAAAGUCAAUAAACGUUUUA